AUGGAAAAAUAUUUUCCAAAACAUAUGAUAACAAAAGAAGAUCUUUUAAAUCGAAAUAUUAGUGAAGAAAAUAUGCGUAAAAUUUUUAAACUAUUUCAAAUUCAUCGUCUAACUGAUAGAGUUUUAGGAAGUAAUUCUUGUGAAGAAUCUUAUCUAUAUAAACUUCUUAUGGGAAAGAUAUUUUUAGGAGUAUUUGCAAUUGCUUUAGUUGGAAAUAUUACAAAUAUAUUAAUUUAUAGUAGUGAUCAAAUUCGUAAAUAUAUAACAAUAAAAUUACUUCGUUCAAAAUUAGUUCUUAAUACAAUUACAUUAAUAUUACUUUUACCACAUACAUUACGUAUACUUGAAAUAUGGGAAAAAGGAUCAAUUAUAGAUUAUUAUUAUUAUAUAUUUUGGCCAUUAGAAUUAUUUUUUGUAAAUUUAUUUGGUUUUUGUGCAACAUGGAUAACUGUUUUUAUGGCAGCUGAAUGUAUUAUGACAUCAUUUACACCAGGCUAUUCAAAAAUUUUAUGGACAAAAAAGAAUGUGAUUUUGAGUUAUAUUGUUUUAAUUAUUUUAGGAACAUUAAUGGCAAUCAUUUAUCCAUUAAAUCGAAGAGUUAUAUUUAAUGUUGAAAAUGGAAAAACAAAAGUUAUUAUUUCCACAUCAGAUUAUAUUAUUAUUAGCAAAAUUGAAAAAGUACAUACAAUAAUUAACUUAGUCAUAACAAUAAUAAUACCAUUAGUAUUACUAAUUUUGUUAACAGUAAUACUUUUUUAUAGAUUUGUCUUUCUUCGUAAAACAAAAACUGGAGUUAUACUAAAGUUUACAAAUGAAAAAAAAUGUGUUGUUAAAAUAAGUCUUUUAACAACAAUUCUAUUUAUAUUAAGUGAAAUUCCAUCAAUUCCUAUUUUUAUAAAUUCAUAUACCAAAGGAAGUCAUGUUGUUAAUAACGACACAACCAUGUGCCGUUGGCUUUCAUUUUCACAUUUUUGUGGAAUUUGUAAUUCAUCAUUAUCAUUUAUUAUAUAUUUUAUAUUUUCCAAAAGAUUUCGUACAUCAUUGGUAAAUGUUGUCAAAUCAACAUAUAUUAAAUACAUUCAAGAUUGGAUAAAUAUAAUUUCAAAAAAUAUUUGUAAAAGAGAAACAAAGACACUUGGAGGAGCUAAAAAUGUGAUUGUUUUAAAUAAUAAUUUUAAAAAAAUUAACAAUCCAAGUUUUUCUGAUGUUACAAUGCAAAAAUCGAAAAAAGUUAUUUUUAUCAAUAAUAAUGAGUAUAUUAAUAGUGGUUAUGUUAAGCUACUAUCAUAA